AGUCACAAACAUCUUGUAGUCCAUUCCCAGACUUCGUCUGAUAAGCAAAUAUAAACAACCGCUCUCUCAGGUCUGCUCGUGAACAGCUAACAAGACUCAACGAGGCUCGUAAGUUGAAUGGACUAUGGCGCUCUCGCUCAUGCUCGCGGCAAGUCUAGCUUUCUUCUGCUGUACAACAGCUCUGGUGGUGGAAGAGCAUAGCAACAUCACCAGGGAUGAUUUGCUACGUAUGGCACCACACAUCAUACUGAAUGAACACUCCUGUGACUGGCCAGUUUGCAACUUCAAUGACACUGAACAGACUGUGGUGAUUCCAGAAGGGUUUUCGAUUCCACAUACUUUUGGGGUAGAAAUUUACAUGGCCCAAGCAGUUCAUGUAUACCCAGCAUGUUUAUCUACCAUUUAUAUUGUCAAGGCAGGUUUUGUGUCCACCUUAUCUGCAAGGGAUACCGAGAAUUUGCAUCACCCAAGCUGUACAUUCAACCUUGAAUUACUGGAUUCCAGAGCUGACAUAAUUUCCUAUGGAGUAGACAAUCUCAAACUAAAUCACUCUACAGUAGACACUUUAAAUCUGGUCGACCAGAGAGGCUUCCUUGCUUUGAGUUCUGACAUCACUACAGUGGAAAACCUUCACUGGAAGUUCUCCAAAAGUGACGUUCUUGACACAACAAUCUCGGAAGUCAUUCAGCUCAGAGCAGAUUCGGACUGGUCGGUUUCUAGGAGUCGCCUCGACUUGAUUCACAAGAAUGGAAUUGUUUUCAAUGGGACUCGAAUGAACGUCACUGACAGCUCAGUGAAACACGUUAAACCUCGUGGGAUCAAGAUCGUAAGGGGCAUAAUGACUUUUUUUAAUGUUUCGAUUGAAAGGUUAGAUGCUUUAGCAAUAGUGGCAGAGGACCCAGAGGCUUCCGUUGAGUUUUCAGAUGUGACUAUUAGUUCUGCAGCUGCAGAAUGUAUUGUACUUUCAGACAGGGAGAAAAUUUCCCUCAGUAAUGUGAGCGUUGACAACAUGGAGGUGAAUUCUUCUUCGCCUUAUUUCAAGUUCCUUGAUGACUUUAUUAUACCAGAAAAUGUCACCAAGAUUCUUGUGCACAAAGACUUACCACAGUGUUACUCAGACAACUCAACUCUCUCCUGCGACUUCACAGGCAUUAACAAGGUCAUUGAAGUUGAUUCUGCCAACACUAGCGGCUUUCAAGUCUUACAGAUCAAGAAUGCCAAGUCUCUGCUGGUGCUUUCCAUCAGCUGCAACGUAGAGCUUCAGUUGACAUCUGUCGAAGGAACUCUCCCUCACUUAACAACCGAAAACGACCUCACUUCAUCCCUCGAUCAGGCAAAUCGUCACUGUGGUAUGACCCUUACAGUUGAGGACUCCCAUUUGAAUGUGGUUUUUGGCCGAGACGUCUCGAAUCUGACUAUUGUCAACAGUUCAGUAUCGCGACUUCAUGGAGGCAUCAUUGAAUACCUCGCUAUGCAAACAGUCACACUGGAACGCAUGGACAGUAUCUACAUAAACGGUGCAAUACCUUCCACUUGGAGGGAUGUGGAAAUAAACGACUUGUUUAACAUAACAAUCCAGUCACCCAUUCAAGCAGAAAACCUCGGUCUCUUUGAAAUGCAGACGGGUGCUCUCACUGUUGAUCAUGACAAUGGCACGACUAAGUUUGCAGGUCUAUCUGUUUCAAUAAUGAAUAAGGGAAGCCUGGUGGUUAAGAGCGGCCAAUUCAUCAUAGAAAAUGCAAGUGCUAUAUUCUUGAGAGCCGAGGCCAUUUACCUUGAGGAAGGAGCCACCUUGGAAUUGAAUGGAAUGGCGCCAUCUAUUUUACCCGUCAUCAAGGCCAUAUCAGUUGCCAGAGCGAAUCAGGUUACCCUGAAGGGGCUGAACGAUCAUAACACAUCCGAAUUGUUUAUUCAUGUUCGUCAACCACCUCUGCUGCCAACAAUGAAUUCGAAUUUAUCCAUCUCAUCCUUACAUCUCUCACCAUAUUGUACUUGGGAUUUUCUUGCCCCUCUGAACUGUGAUUUUUCUUCUGUUACCAAUGCAACAUUGUUCAUUGAUCUGGAAGAAAAUGAGAACCAAGCCAUUUCCAUUGCUUACGUCCAAGGGGCCUAUUUUGUGACAAUAUACCCAUCAUGUGUAAUGAAGUUGCACCUCUCGGAAGUGGUGAAAGCAACUACGGCUGAAAGUGAAAAAGAUUGUAGCACUUGGCUUCAAGCAGAAGGAGUCCACUUCUAUAACAUCACAACUGGAGUUACGGAUGUAACCCUCAUAUCCUGCAGUGUUGAUCUCCUCUCACCUGACCGAACACUCGAAGACUUGGAUCUGGAAAACACGCGUGUUGAAAGGGUUGCUAAUGUACACUGGUCUACAUUCACUGGCAGGAUCAUAGGCUCUCACCUUGUAAGAGUGGAUGGUAUUAUUUCCUCGGAUGAUAUGGAAAUGUUCAACACUACAAUUGAGAAAAUUCACCCACCAGGAAUCAUACUGAAGUCAACAGGGACUAUCAGCCAUUCCAUCAUAAAAGAUGUAGCUUCAGGAGGCAUCACAGUGGAGGGAAAACUCUACAUGAAUAAUGUUUCUAUUGGUGCAUUGGCUAGAAAUGCCAUAAUGGUGAAGACAACAGGGAACAUCACGAACUCCAUCAUAAAUGAUAUAGCUCAAGGUGGCAUUGUAGUGGAAGGGCUGCUACACAUGGAGGAUGUUGUUAUCAUCAAUUUGGCAGAACAAGCAAUCACAGUCAAGGGUGGAAUCCUGAUUCUCUCAAAUGUAACCAUCAGCUCACCACGUGAGGAUGGCAUCAUAUCAGAUCUCAAUGGGGUUAUUGCUCUGCGCAACGUGACAAUAGCAAAAAAGAGGCUGCAGGCUAGUUACUACACAGAAGACACCAAAACAAAUGAAGAAUGUACAUCUUGGAUGUGGGGUACUGGAUUGUUAACAGUGGCACUAAUUGUAUGCAUCAUAGCUCUUAUGAGUAGAUUUUUCAGGCUAAGGAAGAUCCCCAUGCUUCAAAGAGUAUUUUGGAGUGGAAACGAUGAACACCAUUACGUGACGCUUGAGAACUAAGAAGGGAAACCUCACGGCUGUUCUGGAUAUGGCCCAGUCCGUGACACCGCCUAGCUCUAACAACAGAUGAACUCUCUUUCUCUGAACCUAAAAUAGGUCAGAUAAUUCUUACGCCUUACAAAUCUGCAUUCCUCUUGGUAUGUCCACUCCCAUAUUUGGGAAGCACCGUAACCCACUGGCUUAGUAAAAGCAAAUGAUCUUCCUCUUGGGCAAUCUACAGCAUGCUUAUUUGGUGAAAAAGUGAACUUGAUUCAGCAACUGAGAAUUGGAUAUUAUUAUUAUUAUUAUUAUUAUUAUUUUUUUUUUUUUUUUUUUUUUUUUUUUUUUUUU